AUGGAAUGCAAUAGAGAAGAAGCCAUAAGGGCUAGAAGAAUUGCUUUAAAGAAGUUGGAGAAAAGAGAAUUUUCUGGUGCCCAAAGGGUUGCACUUCAGGCUCAAAGGCUUUAUCCAGAGCUGGAGAACUUAUCCCAGUUGUUAACUGUCUGCAAAGUGUACUGUGCGGCUGAGGCAAAGAUCAACAGGCAGUUGGACUGGUAUGGUAUCCUUCAAGUACAGGUAACAGCGGAUGACACUGUGAUAAGGAAGAAAUAUGAUGAACUUGCAUUUUUGCUUCAUCCCAACAAAAAUACUCUGCCUGGUGCUGAAGCUGCUUUCAAGUUGGUUUCAGAAGCUCAUCUGAUAUUGUCUGAUCAUGUGAAGCGAUCUCGCUAUGACAUCGAAAGACAGACUGCUGGGCUAUCAGACAUAACUCUUGGAAAAAGAAGUGGGGCUAGACAUGUACAACCAUAUGAUUGUGCAAUUGUUUUCUGGACUGCAUGUCCACACUGUCAGAAGCGAUUUGUCUACUACCAGCGUAACUUUUUGGCCAUGUGUGUUGACUGUGGCAAAAAUUUCUUUGCGUUUAAGUUGAGUGAGCAGGCUGUGCCCUCGAGAUUCCUGUCAGUUGCACCUGAUAAUUCUCAAGUUUCACUACAAAUGGUUUCACAUCAACAAUGCGGUGUCCCUGAUCAACUGAUACAGUACACAGAGCUUCGUUCUACAGGAGGGAGCAUGGAUUCCGAACCAACAGUGGAUUCCAAAUGUACUGAGGAACAUAUAAUGUGGGUUGGAAUCUCAGGUGUCCAUGUGAAAGGUAAUUCAGAGACAAGAAGUAAUGUAGUUCAGUGUUCAGCAGUAAACCAAUCUCACACUUCAUCACCUUCUGUAGACAAAGGUGCAACUGGAAGUAAGAUGUUAGAGUCUCCUGCUUCUGAUGUUGUUGUCAACCAGAACUUUGGUAGAGAGGAUGCAUCUAUAGUGCCAAAUGCUGCAGGGUCAUGCAAUCUUCAGAUGUUUGGCAAGAGGAAGCAUGAUGAUUGUGCUGACAGAGGCCAUAGUAGGGACUCUUGUAUCAAUAAGAGGCGAAGUAAGGAUAGUUCACUUUCUGAUGCUAAUUCCACUGCUGAUAAAAUGUAUAAUGAUGAUGUUGCUGUUGCUAACACUCAAGCUGCCAAACAUGUUUCUGACACCAUGGACAGCCAAGGUGAAGGAAAUGCAACGCAUGAAGGUAGUCAGAAAAAGUACAAGGAGGAAGCUACAGAUAUUGCUAAUCAGACGCAUGGCAAUCCUGGGAUUGCCUAUGGCUGCACUACUGGUAGCAUCCGCAGCAGGGACCCUUGUAACAAUGACAGACAAAGGAAGGACAAUUCACUUGCUGACACUAAUUCAACUGAUGAUAAAGUGUGUAGUGAUAAUGUUGCUGCUGGUGAAAAUCAAGCUGUUGAACCUGUUCCCAGCACAUUGGACAGCCAAGACGAGGGAAAUGCAACACAAGAAGGCAGUCAGCAAAAGUACAAGAAGGAUGGGACGGAUAUUGCUAAUGAGACGCAUUAUAAUCCUGUGAUUACCUAUGAGCGUUCAGAUUUCUUUGACUUCGGAACAUUAAGAAAAGUUAACAGGAUAGCAGUUAAUCAAAUCUGGGCAAUUUAUGAUGAUCAUGAUUGCAUGCCGAGAAAUUAUGCUCAGAUAAAUCACGUCGAUGCUUCCAACAAUAAUGUUCAGUUGACUUGGCUGGAACACAACACAACGAAUUUACCAGAGACCAGAUGGACUCGUAAAGAAUUGCCUGUUGCACGUGGAAACUUCCGCUUAGGAGAGACAUGUGUACUAGAAGACCCAUCCAUGUACUUAUCUCACAAAGUUUCAUGGGUAGCAGGCAAAAAUAGGACUUCAUUUGAAAUUCAUCCUAAGAAAGGCGAGAUAUGGGCUCUUUACAAAGAUAAUCAUCAAUCUGUUGACUUUGAUGUUGUGGAAGUUUCUGAUGAUUCAACGAGUGUUGGUAUUAUCGUUUUCCCGUUGGUCAAAAUUGAAGGCUUUGUGAGCCUAUUUGCGGAGCCCAAGGAUAAAACCCAUAUUUUGAUACCAUCGAGUCAGCUACUUCGAUUUUCUCACAGUAUACCUUAUUAUAAAACAAAUGGAACUGAAAAGGUAGGUGUAGGAGGGUUACUGGAACUGGAUACUGCUGCUCUUCCUUGUGACUUAGCCACAGUGUUUCCUUCCAUUACUCUGGAUUCUUUCAUCGAUCUCAACAAGGAAAAAGUUACUGAGUUUAUCAGUAUUGCAUAUCCUGAUUCUGAAUUCUACAAUUUCGUCCAAGACCGCUCGUGCGAGAAGUUUGAGCGUGGGCAAAUUUGGGCUCUCUACAGCAGUACUGAUACAUUUCCCAACAUCUAUGGUUGGAUAAACAAAGUUGAGAAGGAACCAUUCAAAGUACAGUUGACCUGGCUCGAGACUUUUCCUCAGGGGGUAGAUAAGCAUUGGUUGGAGCAGGACAUCCCUGUGAGCUGUGGUGAAUUUGUGAUCCAGAAUUCAACAACUGAGUAUUGUGAAACCUGUGCUUUCUCUCAUUUAGUGGUAAGCAGGUGGGAAAUUGGUACAAAGCAUCAGAUCAAUAUUCUUCCAAAGGUAGGUGAGGUCUGGGCCAUCUACAAGAACUGGGCACCCGACUGGGUUCCUUCCAGUAAAUAUCGUCCUUCCAAGUAUGCCAUUGGCGAGAUCAGGAUGUGCACUGGAACUACCACUCUGUUUGCUUUCCUGACCAAAGUUGAUGGCCACUUCUCUGUGUUCAAGCCUGAUGUGCAGAAAGGAGCACUGGAGGUACCAAGGAAAGAGAACCUGAGGUUUUCUCAUCGGAUACCAUCAUUCCGCCUGACAAAAGAGAAUGGUGGCAAGCUCUGUGGCUUCUAUGAGCUUGACCCUGCUGCUAUUCCCGACCUUCUUUAG